AUGGACCCCAACUGGCAGCAGUAUCAUGACCCGGCCGGGGCUUCCUCGCGCCGUCACAAUGGCACCACGCACAUGUCUCCGCCUUCUGCUGCCCAGCAACAGCAGCAGCAGCACCCUCCGCCCGCCGGCUACGCUUACGACCAGUAUCACCCUGGCGCCGCGCCUGUCCCCGCCGCUGUUGUUGCUGCCGCUGCUCCUGCCGUCCACCUCGGGAACCCCGUCGUCCCGCCCUUGGUCCCUGGCCAGCAGCCUCGCGACGGAAACGGCGAUGUGGCUAUGCGCGACGCCAUCGACUCCCACGCCGGCAUCAAGUAUGCCAUGAGGCCGCAUCACCAGCCGCACAUGUCUGGCGCUCGUGCCGCCGCCUUGCACUCGCCUCACGACCAGCCAUCGGCAGCAGCCCAGCGCUACUCCCCGAUGGAGACGCUCUCACCCACCUCGCCCUACGGUGCCGCCAAGCAGAGCCAAUUCGCCGGCCCGCCCUCUCAGACGCAGUCUCCCGCCGGCGCCUCGGAAUACCCUCAGAGCCCCUACUACGCUGGUCGUCCGCAAAACGCGCAACUGCCCCCCAUGUCACCUUACGGCCCCGGUGGCGCUGAUGGCUACCCCUCGGCGACGGUUGCUCAUCUUGACGGCACUUUCAAUUCCAAGUCGCCGCAACGGCCAAAUGCCCCGACAGUCAAGCGGGUCCCCGAGUUUCGCAAGUUGCGCGCGGUCUCGGACCUCCAACCGAAGAACAAUCGUCAGCCAGCCUUUCGACGCGCAAACCCAGAAGGUGGCUUCAUCAGCCCUCUACAAGCGCUCACUGCCCAUCUACCUGCGACUUAUCGAAUCUGCAAUCCCAGCUUCAAAUACGAGACGUCACGAAACCCUCGCAGAGUCUUGACCAAGCCUAGCAAAGGCGUCAAGAAUGAUGGGUAUGACAAUGAGGACAGCGAUUACAUUCUAUAUGUCAAUGAUAUUUUAGGCUCCGAGGAAGCUGGCCACAAGAACCGCUACCUCAUUCUUGAUGUCCUCGGCCAGGGAACGUUUGGGCAGGUUGUGAAAUGUCAGAAUCUCAAGACUCAAGAAGUCGUAGCUGUAAAGGUCAUCAAGAACAGAACAGCCUAUUUCAACCAGAGCAUGAUGGAAGUCUCGGUUCUGGAUUUGCUCAACACCAAACUCGACAAAAACGACGACCAUCACCUUUUGCGGUUGAAGGAUACUUUCAUCCAUCGCCAACAUCUUUGCCUCGUUUUCGAACUUCUCAGCGUCAACUUGUACGAACUCAUCAAGCAGAAUCAAUUCCGCGGUCUCAGCACGACCCUUGUCAGAGUCUUUGCCCAGCAGCUUCUCAACGGCUUGGCCCUCCUCAACAAGGCCCGACUCAUCCAUUGCGACUUGAAACCCGAAAAUAUCUUGCUUAAAAACUUGGAGAGCCCAAUAAUCAAAAUCAUCGAUUUCGGCUCCGCAUGCGACGAACGACAGACCGUCUAUACAUACAUCCAAUCGAGAUUCUAUCGUUGCCCCGAAGUCCUCCUUGGACUGCCAUACUCGUCAGCUAUUGACAUAUGGUCCUUGGGCUGCAUCCUGGUCGAGCUUUUCCUCGGUUUGCCCUUGUUCCCUGGCUCCUCCGAAUACAACCAGGUCUCGCGCAUCGUGGAAAUGCUCGGCAACCCUCCAAUCUGGAUGUUGGACAUGGGCAAGCAGUCGGGUGACUUCUUCCAAAAGCGCCCAGAUGAAUAUGGCCGUCCAACCUGGCAGCUGAAGAGCAUGGAACAGUACGCUCGAGAGCGCAACACCAAGGAGCAGCCCAGCAAAAAGUACUUCCAAGCCAGCACACUCCCAGAGAUUAUCAAAUCCUACCCGAUGCCGAGAAAAAAUAUGAAGCAGAGCGAAAUUGAUCGAGAAAUGCAAAACCGGGUUGCCUUUAUCGAUUUUGUCCGAGGCUUGCUCAGUAUAAACCCGCUUGAGCGAUGGUCGCCGCAGCAGGCCAAGUUACACCCUUUCAUUACACAGCAAAAGUUCACCGGUCCUUUCGUGCCGCCGAUGAAUUUGAAGUCUAGUUCUCUGAACAGAUCGCCAGCACCGGGGACACACCAACAACAACAAGCCGAAGCUCUCAGCAAACAGCGUGCGCAGGCAGCUCAGGCACAAGCACAGGCGAGCUCGGCUGCGCAAGGACCAGCUUACGCCAACAUGCCACCUGGCAACUAUGCGCAAGCUAGCCAUCAGCAAGCGCCGAUGUACGGGAAUAACCCAAUGUACGCACCAGGACCGGCCACGCACGGAAAUGUUGCUCCUGCGUAUGCUCCGCAAGGGUCUCAGUACAACCCAAUGGUCAUUCAGCAGCCUCAACAACCUCAGCAGUUGGCCCCAGGGCCUUAUAGCAAUUCUCACCAACCAGGCAUGUAUCCGCAAGGAGGCAUGCGGACCAACAGACAGCGCGCUUCGACCAUGGAACAGCAGCAGAGCGGUAUCCCCGCCGCUAUCCAGCGUGUUGCCAGCCAUCUGGACCCCACGCAGCCAAUUCGUUUGCAACCAAGCCCUGCCUACUAUCCUCCACCGGGCGAGAUGAUGCCUGGCACUGAUAAUGGGCCGCGGACUGGUCGCCGCGGCAGUCGUGCGCAGCAAGGGCGAAGCAACCGUGACUUUAUCCGUAACCUCGAAGAAAGGACCCUAGAAGAGGGUUACACGGGUGGCCAGAACCCAUGGCAUUGA